AUGUCCGUCAUCGUUCCUCUUCGCCCUCUCUCUACGUCUGAACCUUACGACCCAUAUGUCCCCCGCGACGGCUCCGGCCCCAGUGCAGGCCCCAGCCAGGGAAACGCAAAGACCGCCGCAAUCCAGGCGCAGAUUGACGAUACCGUAGGAAUUAUGAGGGAGAACAUCACCAAAGUCGCAGAGCGAGGAGAGAGGCUGGACUCGUUGCAGGACAAGACGGACAACUUGGCCGUUUCGGCACAAGGCUUCCGACGCGGUGCGAACCGUGUACGCAAGAAUAUGUGGUAA